AUGUCGGGUGGAAACGAAGAAGAUCAGCUUGCACAGUGCCAAGCAUAUGUUCAAAGGCACAACAUUCAACAACUUGUCAAAGAAGCGAUCGGUUAGUUGUUUUUGCAUAUAUAAAUGCGAAUUAUGAAAAUCGAAAAUGAAAAUGCAAAAGGCGGGCAAAUUUGCAUAUGUAUUUUUAUUCUUUCUGUCGCUCGUGUUUGGAAUUUUUCGAGAUUUUUUGGAGGGGAAAAAACAAAACAAAAAACAUAAAUUUUGGAAUUUUAUGCAAUCUCAUAAAUUUUGCAAAUAUAUCCAUGUGAACCGACCCGAAACUAAGCAUAAAUCUUUGCAGUUUUUCCAGUUGUUUUGCAGAAUUCAAAACAUCGCAAACAAAAACAAAUUCUUGGUUUUGAAGAAAAUCUUCAUAAAAUUUAGAAAAUUUCACAAUGAUUGAAAUUAGGUUAACGUCUUGAAACGUUAAAUGUCUUGAACCGAAUUCUGAAUUAAGAAUCUGGAAUAUAAAAUAUUUAACCUUAUUGAACAUCCAAAAGUUUUGAAUUUCAAGAUAAAAAUAUCUGAAGUUUCAGAAUUCAAAAUUCAAAUUUCAUUAGAAAAUUUUCCAGUUGAAACAUUUCAGAUUCCAAAAUUCGAAACAAAAAAUUAUCAUUUCAAACAAUUUAUUUAGAUUUACACAUUCUCGUUUCCAAAAUUCUAAUUUCUGAAAUUUUCAUUCCGGCUUUCUAAAUUUAAAAAAUCUAUCAUAUUCCCAAAAUUCAACUUUUGACUUUUCAAAUCCAAAAAUCAAUUUUUCCAGUCGUUCUCUGCAUACACAAGCCAGACAAUCCGGUACUAUUCUUGAAAGAACAUUUUGAAAAACUCAACGAACAACGCGCACAGGUCAGUCCCGUUUUCUUAAUAUUUUCCAUUUUCACCAAAACCCAAGAAAAAAUUGCCACUUGAAACCAGUCAGUCAGUGCCUCUCAUGCUCACUCAUAAAAAAAUGUCGAGUUGCAUUUAUUCCUUGCACCAUCCAAGCGCCAGUAAGGCAGGCCCCAAAUUUUUUCGUUUUUUUUGGAAAAAAAAGAGUCGAGUCGCAGAAAAAUGACGGAAAAAAGAACAGUAGAAAAAACGAGGGGACUAGAAUGAGCAGAAAAAAAAGAGAAGAAGAAGAAGAAAGAGUGAGCUCCGGCUAGAUUUCUUCUUUUUUCUCUUCUUUUUUCCCCGCCAUUUUUGCGCCUUCUUUAUUUCUUCUUCUUCUUCUUCUAUAUACUUGACUUCUUCUUCAGAAUACAUUUUUCGUAGAUAUUAUAUUAUAUGAAAAAUUGUAUCCCCCUUGAAACAUCACCCUCUUGUUCAACUCUUUUUUUUAUCAAAAAUGCACGUCUUAGAGCCGGAAAAGAUGCACGCGGGAAAAUAAUUGCAUUCAAAUAAAAUAAAACAAUUUUCGUUGAAUGCAACGCUUAUCAAUAAUUUUUAAUCUCCUCUUUUUUCUAUCAUUUUUUUCUUUAUUAGUUUUUCUCACUUUUGAGCUUACGAAAUCAAAAAAGAAAAAAUGUGGCCAAUUAGACUUCAACAAAUCAAAGUGUAACGAAGGGUGCAAAUUUGAUAUCGUCACAAAAUGUUUUUUAGUUUUACUCGUUUCCUCUUUCAGUGUUUUUUGUUUCAAUCUGAUCUCUCAUUUUUCAACGAGAACAAUUUUUCUUUUUGUUAAAAAAUAAAAUACUCCUGUCCAAGAAAAAAUCGAUAAUUUCAUCAGUCUCUUCUUUUUCCACAGAAAUUUUCUCACGACAUACAUAACAACAUUUUAUUUGAUGCCAAGGGCGGAAUUGUUUCUCCGAUUAUAUUUUCCUCUUUUGUUUUUUCUCAUUUUUCUCCUUGUUUCACCAAAAAAUCAGUAAGUGAGAAGAAGAAGGAAAAAAAAAUAAUAAAAACAUCUGUUUCAACUCUCCGUUGCUUACUUUUUUUCUUUUUUUUUUUCAAAAAAAAAAUAAAAUAAAAAUUUUUCUGUUGAGAGAGCAAGCGUUCGUGUUUUUCACCAGGGAAUGUAAUGGGGCAACAGCUGAGCAAUCGUCGUAAUUCACAAGCUGUUGGAGCGAAAUCAACUCCAACAUCAAGCCAACCUCCGAAUCCCAAGGUAACCUUAAAGAAAAUCAAUGUUAUACUUUGUUACUUACCGGCGCAGGUGCGAAUUGUAAUUGUUUUAGUGGCGAGAAAACAGCUGAAAAAAUUAGAUUCAGGCGGCCCCCUUUCUCUCCCCAACUUUUUUGUGCUGCUUUUUGUCGAGAAAAAAAGUGACAGCUGAAAAAGGAUGAUUUAUUCGUUCGCUUUCUAAAAGAGUUUCUCUCCUCUCAGUCGCUGCCUUUGAAAUGUCAUGAAAAAAAUCAGAAAUCAUUGCUGUCUCCGUAAAAUGUCUACGAUUUCAAGCUCCGAGGUAUGUAACUUAGUUUUUGAUAUGCGAAGUUUGAUCGGCUAUUGAUAAGCGAGGAAUUUUUCUGUUACGAAUCGACCUUGUUUGAUACGGUUCGGUUCAAAUUAAAUUCUCAAUACAAAAAAAACACAUGUAGAAGAAAAAUAAAAAGAAUUCCUUUUUUUUUGAGUAAACAUUCCCCCCUCGCUUUUUUUCUAUUCGCCCCACUUAAAAUACUAGUACUCUCUACGUAUUUUUCUUUUUCUUUUGCAGUUUUUCAGUAAUCAAGAAAACACCGAAUUAACUCUAGUUAAGUUAAUUAAACUGGUUUCAAGAUGGUAAACCCUUCCCCUCAAAAAAAAAAUCGAUAAUCAAUAAAAUAAAAUGCUUCAGGAGGGUGGUCAUCAAGAUGCUGCCGAUGAUGAUGAUAUUAUAAUUGAGCCACCAAAGCGCUCCGGUGGUCGGCGAACCGGAAUUUCGGCUGAACCAAUCAAGGAGGAUGAUACCGAAUAUAAGAAGGUUGUGAUUCCCAAAGAUGAUGCUACACGAAAAUCGUUGGAAUCGGCGAUGCGCAAAAAUUUGCUUUUCGCUCAUUUGGAGGUUUGUUUUUCUCUUCUUGUUUGAAUUUCUAGAAAAACGUUCUUUUUUUCAAAAAAAUAUCAAACCUAUUUUUCAGGAAGACGAACAAAAGACUAUGUAUGAUGCGAUGUUCCCAGUCGAAAAAUCAGCUGGCGAAACAAUCAUCGAACAAGGAGAAGAGGGUGACAACUUCUAUGUCAUUGAUAAGGGUGUAAGUUUGAUUUAAGGGUUGUUUUUCAAAGCGGGACUCUAGAGACCUGACAGCCUGUAUGAUUUUUCUAGCCAUCUAUUAAAAUUCUAAAUUUUAGACCGUCGAUGUUUACGUUAAUCACGAAUAUGUAUUGACAAUCAACGAAGGUGGAUCAUUCGGAGAAUUGGCUUUGAUCUACGGAACUCCACGUGCGGCCACAGUUAUUGCCAAAACCGAUGUUAAACUUUGGGCCAUUGAUCGUUUGACUUAUCGACGAAUUCUUAUGGGUUCAGUCACCAAGAAGAGAAAGAUGUAUGAUGAAUUCUUGUCGAAAGUUCAAAUCCUCGCUGAUUUGGAUCAAUGGGAACGUGCUAAUGUUGCUGAUGCUUUGGAAAGAUGCGAUUUCGAGCCUGGAACUCAUGUUGUUGAGCAAGGACAACCAGGAGACGAGUUCUUCAUCAUUUUGGAAGGUGAAGCAAAUGUUUUGCAAAAACGAUCAGAUGAUGCACCAUUUGAUGUUGUUGGACAUCUUGGGAUGUCAGACUAUUUCGGAGAAAUUGCUCUUCUUCUUGAUCGUCCACGUGCGGCUACAGUUGUUGCCAAAUCGCAUCUCAAAUGCAUCAAACUCGAUCGCAAUCGUUUCGAACGUGUCAUGGGACCAGUCAGAGAGAUUCUUAAAAGAGAUGUUUCCAACUACAACUCGUAUGUCAAAUUGAUGACUUAA